CUGAGAAAAGUUGUUUGGUGUGAGAGAUAGUCACUUGUGGUCAUGGCAUUAGUGGUGGAUAGCACAAAGGGUUUUCCUUCAGUGAGGAGGAGCGGUGUAAGCUCACUGUCUGUGGUGAUUCUGUUCAUAAGUCAAGGUGUUUGUGGUCAGCGAUCGAGUGCCACUUACCAACAUGACCGUGUCUGUGCUUUUGUGGGGUUUUCAGUGAGCAUGUCUUGCUCUUACACUAACCACAUGGCCUGUAAACAAGCCUACUGGACAAAAAGUGGCAUUGGGGAUCCUCCUGAUCUUACAGACAAUCCCAACUACAGAGGUAGAACCCGAGUGGACUGUUGUAAGGAAGUGAAACAAAACUACAUAUGUGAUUUACAUAUAGACUCAGUGACCAAAACAGAUGCUGGUAUAUAUUACUGCGGCGACAUGAAGAAGAAUAUUGGAAAAUCAGGGGUCAACCUGAAGGUUAUAGAAACCCCUCAGACUCAGACAUCAUUGACCAUCAGUCCGCGUGGUGACAUACUGGAUGGAACAGACGUGACUCUGACCUGCAACAAGAAUUCUGAUCAACCAGUGCAAAGCUACAGCUGGUAUAAGCACAACUUCUCUACACACUUGUACACCUCCACUGGAAACACAUACACCAUCAAAAACAUCAGUCUUGAAGACAGUGGAAAAUAUCAAUGCUGCUCACACUAUAAAUGUGGCUAUCAGUACUCAGAAACCGUGUACCUGCAAGUUUUCUCUGGUCAUCUGUCCCCUCUAUUGACCGCUGUGAUAUCGGUCUGUGCAGUUUUGCGGCUCCUCAGUGUUGUUUUAUCGCUGAGUAAGAAAAUCAAGAAAGAAUCAAUGACAUGGGCAGGACAUAAACAGAAUACCAGGGAUGAUUUGAUCCAUCUAGAUCAAGUUUACCAGGGCCAGACCCCCAUCACUUUUCAAGCUGAUGUAGUUCAUCAGAGCCUGAACCCCAACACCACCCAACCUGAUUCAAUUUACCAGAGCCUGAACCCCAACACCACCCAACCUGAUUCAAUCUACCAGAGCCCGAAUCCCAAAACCACCCAACCUGAUGCAGUUUACCAGAGUCAGACCCUCAACACCGCCCAUCCUGAUGCAAUCUACCAGAGCCUGACCCCCAGCGCUACUCAAUCUGACACACUAUACCUGAACCCCAAAGCCAUCCACCCCAAUGUAGAUUACCAGUGGCUGGAGCAAGACACCAUCCAACCUGACCCAGACCAUCCAGACCCAGUCUACCAAACCAUCAAUAAGAAAAUCAAGAAAGAAUCAAUGACACGGACAGGACAUGAACAGAACACCAGGGAUGGUUUGACCCAUUUUGAUCAAGUUUACCAGAGCCUGAACCCCAACACCACCCAACCUGAUUCAAUCUACCAGAGCCUGAACCCCAACACCACCCAACCUGAUGCAGUUUACCAGAGCCUGACCCCCAACACUACUCAAUCUGACACACUUUACCAGAACCUGAACCCCAAAGCCAUCCAACCCAAUGUAGAUUACCAGAGGCUGGAGCAAGACACCAUCCAACCUGACCCAGACCAUCCAGACCCAGUCUACCAAACCAUCAAGUGAAACAAAUCUUAAUGCCAUUCUCUCUUCCACAUCUUGGCAUUGUCCUCAUAUUUUAAAUGUCAUGGUGUCACGGGAAGCCUAUGCUGGCGAUUUCUUUGCUCGGUCCAGCAUCUUUAUCUUGUGCCAAAUUUGCCUUUUGGGAUUUAUUGAGUGUUUUGUUUGUUAAUCUAUGUUAUUUUAUUAUUUGUUAAUUUUCAUUUGAUGUCGGUCUUGAAUGUCUUGGUGUCACGGGUACGCUGGCGAUUACACCGCUCCGUCCGGAAUCUUUUGUCUUGUGUCAUCUUGUUAUUUUGUAAAUGUGUUUGUUCAUGUCUUGUUGUCACGGGUACGCUGGUGACUACGCCACUCCGUUCGGCACUGUCUCUGUCUUGUGUAAAAUGCUUUGGGUUGCGUUCUGUGCACGUUAAAUGCGCUAUAUAAAUAAAUUACUUACUUACUUACUUUACUUACUUAAAUGUGAAAUGCAUUUACGUAUAAGCUCAAAGCUGACACAUGACCAAACUUGUGAUUUGAGAGUAUGUGCUUGAAAUUUUUAUCAACACUGUGUUAGAAUCAUAAUCUUUAUCUGAAGAGAGGUACAAAACCGUAUUCAAGAUUCAAGUUUAUUUUACCUCAUGUUUUGCAAGAGAGAGAACAAUUCUUAGGUUUUGCCCCCUUAAAUUGGUAUUGCAUUAAAUGGACUGGUUUCACAGUCAGGGCAAGCUCUUGACAUUAUCCACUCACAUAUCUGUGUACCUCGGAAUAUGUG